ACUUUUCUUUGAUGAAAGUCAAUACCAGACGGCAUCGUUUGUUAUAAAGAGAUCACACCCUGCGCGAUCGAGUUGGGAAAAAGGAAACAGCGUCCAUGGCAGAUCAACCGAAGGAAGUGAAGCUCUAUGGGCAUGGCUUCAGUGGGUACUGCACGAUGGUCCACUCUGCCCUCAAGCUCAAGGGCGUGGCUUUCGAGUACGUCGAAGAGGACCUCCAGAACAAGAGCGAGGCGCUGCUUAGGCUCAACCCCGUCUACAAGAAGGUGCCGGUUCUCGUGGUGGAUGGUGAGCCGAUAGCCGAGUCACUUGUCAUCUUGCAGUACAUCGAUGAUGUGUGGAAGAACCCCCCCCUUCUCCCGGAGGAUCCUUAUCAGAGAGCCAAGGUCCGGUUUUGGGCAGAUUAUGUCUACCAGAAGUUGGUGCCACCCGUGUACCGUAUCAGAACGUCCGAGGGAGAUGCUCGGAAGAAGGCAGAAGAGGAGUUCAGAGAGAACCUGAUCACCUUGGAGGACGGCAUCCGAGAAGAGCUGUGGAGUGCUGGGGGAUCAUUUAUCAACGGUGAGAAGCCUGGGCUCCUCGAUGUGAUCAUGGGUUCCUGUCACACGGGGCUCAAGUACCUCGAAGAUGUGGCCGGCGUAAAACUGGUGGAGAAGGACAGGACGCCACUCUUGUGCUCGUGCAUGGAGGCCUUCGUCGAGCUUGACGCCGUCAAGGGACCAUGAUCCCAUUCGAUGGAAUCCAAUAAUGUGCGCGAGCUGUCCGCGAUAAGACUUCCGCGUCAUCUUGAGCUUGAUUUAUGUGUCAUUUGGUAUUCAUCAACAUAAAUAUACGUAUAUAUUGUGUGA